CAGCCUGUCAAUCAGAGUCGCGCUCGAGGCCCCGCCCAAGGCCGUGUACGCCGCUCCUUACGUAACUUCCUCUCCAGCCCCUGCGUAGUCGAUAAGGAAACCCGGACGCCCCUGCAACUUUCUUUUUUCAGGCGGCCAGGAAGAUGGCGGACAUUCAGACAGAGCGUGCCUACCAAAAGCAGCCGACCAUCUUUCAAAACAAGAAGAGGGUCCUGCUGGGAGAAACUGGCAAGGAGAAGCUCCCGCGGUACUACAAGAACAUCGGUCUGGGCUUCAAGACACCCAAAGAGGCUAUUGAGGGCACUUACAUCGACAAGAAAUGCCCCUUCACUGGUAAUGUCUCCAUUCGAGGGCGGAUCCUCUCUGGUGUGGUGACGAAGAUGAAGAUGCAGAGGACCAUUGUCAUCCGCCGAGACUACCUGCACUACAUCCGCAAGUACAACCGCUUCGAGAAGCGCCACAAGAACAUGUCUGUGCACCUGUCCCCCUGCUUCAGGGACGUCCAGAUCGGUGACAUCGUCACAGUGGGUGAGUGUCGGCCCCUGAGCAAGACAGUGCGCUUCAAUGUGCUCAAGGUCACCAAGGCUGCCGGCACCAAGAAGCAGUUCCAGAAGUUCUGAGUCUGGACAUCGGCCCGCUCCCCACAAUGAAAUAAAGUUAUUUUCUCAUUCCCAGGC